AUGCAUCUCUCCACAAGGCAAACAACAAUUCGUGUGAUUGCAGUAGCUACAACACUUUCCUCCAUCUCCAAUUAUGGUGCUCGUGGAUUUACUACUGCUACCAUAGGGGCUAUGUCUCAAAAACAGGCAUCCUCCCGAUUGCUACUUGCUGCUACUACCGGUACUACUCGACCCAUCCACCAAUACCAACGACUGUUGCAGCAGAGAAACAGGCUAGUGGGCCCCCAAACUGCAAGUAAUUGUCCAUCAUCGUCUUCUUCCACGGCAAUGCCCAUGAUUUUCGGUCGCUUCUUUUCCUCUCUGGGCGGUGGGGGUGCCUUUGAGUCUGCGAUCGACUAUGAUUCCAUGCCCUACCCGGUACCGGAAUUGGCCCAGUUGGCUUUGGAUCAAAAAGUGCCUGCUACCAUUGAAUCAUCUACAACAACAACAACUACUACUACUACUACUACGAAUACAUAUCAUUUGGCCACAUUUGCCGGCGGCUGCUUCUGGGGAUUGGAAUUGGCCUAUCAACGAGUACCAGGGGUGGUACAUACGGCAUCAGGAUACACACGAGGAAGGGAGAAGCGACCGAAUUACGAUGCGGUUUGUGCUGGAGCUACAGGGCAUACAGAAGCCGUCAUUGUGCUUUACGAUCCAGCCGAAUGUAGCUACGAACAACUAUUGGAUGUAUUCUUUGAUCGUGUGGAUCCGCUCACUGUCAAUGGACAAGGACCCGACCGAGGAAAACAGUAUCGAACGGGUGUUUAUUACCAUUCGGUGGAACAAGAAGCCACUGCCCGAGCACGGUUUGCCCAAGAACAGCAAAAGUAUGCCAAACAACCAAUUGCGACGGAAUGCAAUCCAGCCACGCCCUUUUGGCCAGCCGAGGCAUAUCAUCAACAAUAUCUAUCGAAAGGAGGUCAAUUCAAUCAACCGCAGAGUGCCGAUAAGGGAUGCGAGGAUGAAAUUCGAUGUUAUGGAUAA